GGAACCCAAUCGACCUCCCCUGCUCGUCUCCUCCUCCAUCACCACCGUCACCACACACGCUCGCAUCCCAACCCUGAACUAGCUAGCCCCGACGCUGCUUGCCAUGCUCUCCACAGCAGCGGCCGCGUCCUCCACCUCCCUCGCCGCCUUCCCCACCCGCGCGCGCCGCCGCCGCCGCCGCCGCGUCCUGUUCCCCGUCGCCGCCGCGGCCGAGCAGUUCGCCACCAGCAGCUCCAUCGCGGAUUACCUCCGGUACCGACGCCCGGGGUCCGGGGACAUCUCCGGAGGAAGGGGCGGCGGCGAGCUGCAGACGGCCGUGGUGCGGUACGAGAAGCGCCUCCCGUGGUCGCUCCUCCAUCCUUUCCUCCGCGUUGAUUUGGUUUCUACUGUACACAUUGCUGACAAAGAAUACUUUGAUAAACUCCAACAAGCACUUGAAGAUUAUGACUGCGUUCUCUAUGAAAUGGUGACAAGUCGGGAUAAUUUGAACAAUCACAAGGACCCAACAUUUGCCAAGAGGCUUAAAUCUUCACGCAAAGGCUUCAGUAUUCUUGGUUUCAUACAGAAACAAAUGGCUCGUAUUCUUUCGUUGGAUUACCAGCUAGAUUGCCUCGAUUAUGGCGAUGACAAAUGGCAACAUGCCGACCUUGACUUUGAGACAUUCAAGCAGCUUCAGACAGAAAGAGGUGAAAGCUUUUUCUCAUUUGCGGUUGACAUGACACUCAAAUCUACUAAAGCCUUGAUGCAACCAAGUUUGCCAGAUGGUCUUGAUUUCUGGAGAUCUAAGUUGCUCUGGGCUUCACGUGUUCUACCAAUGCCACUUGUUGGACUAUUUGUUAUCACUGGGCUUUGUUUGCCGGUGGAAAAUCAAGAUGGAUAUCCUGAGCUCGAAGCACUAUCUAAACUAGAUUUAGGAGCUGCUCUAAAGAUCUUCCUGGCUAAGCAAUUGACUUCUGAUUUCACAGCUAUGACUGCUCCCGCUGAGGAUAAGUCGGUUAUAAUUGGGGAGAGGAACAGAGUUGCCACUGAGAAGAUAAAGGGUGCGAUAAAUAGAGGGUACAAGAGAAUAGCGGUUCUGUAUGGAGGUGGGCAUAUGCCAGACCUUGGAAGACGUCUUCGAGAAGAGCUAAAUAUGGUCCCAUCGGAUGUGCAAUGGCUCACAGCAUGGUCAAUAAGAAGCCGUGAGCUAGAUAGAAAAUCACUUCCAUUCUUGAAGACGAUGGCUGAGGUUUCAGGGUGGCCUUUGAAUAGAUACGAAACACUGGCUCUGCUCAUCUUUUCUGCAGUUCUUGCAGUUGACCUUUGGUUCUGGGAGCUUCUUGUGGAAACUGGUGUGAACUGGGCAUCCUUUGCUAGUUCUUGGAUUGAUCAAUUCAGUGGCUCGCUUUGACAAAGGUGUCUCGAAAGGAGGGAAAGGAAGUUCAACAACACACUUCUAUAUAAGUGACAGUACAGAGAAAAUUGUAAAAUCUAUAUACUGUUGCGGCUAGUUCCAGCAAUUAGCUGCAGUGCUGUGAAGGUAAACUUGUACCUUUCGCAAAAAAAAAAGGUGAAACUUGUAGAUAACAAUUUAUUGGAUCAAACUUCAAAUUAGAUUACUGAAAAUGUUGUAGCCACUGGGUGUAAUAUAUUUUCUGGACUUUGAAGAAUGAUAUUUUUUAUUAA